AUGACUACCAAAAAUGCUUCAAAAUCAUUCAAUCAUAUGAUAGCUGGUGAAGUUUAUGGCACACCCAACACUCCAAAGGAGGGGAGUCUUCUAAAAUUUGCCAUCACUGGUGACAACAAACAAGUCAUCUCACCUCUCUCCAUCAUGAUUGAGUGUGUCAGUGAACUGUAUUAUGGAAUGCAUGACCUAGGCCCAUUCCCAAGCCAAAUCAAACUAGGAAAAGCAAUGCAAACCAGAGUAAAUAACUUCCUCGCCAACAAAGAAUGGAACACUGGUCACAUUCUUGCCUUCAAGAUUGAGGGCCCAUUUGAGCAACAACAUCAUACUAAGACAGAGAUGCCUGGCCCAAUUAGAGUUGACAUCAACAAGAUGGAUAUGCUGUUUCGAGCUGACACUCCCAUCUCUGAUGUGAGCAGCACCACUUGCUGUCAUUUGAUCAGUUGUGAUGCUACUCCAGGACCCACUCCUGAACUUAGCGCUAUCACAAACCACCACCUCAAGACCCUCUCAAGCUUGAAUGAAAGGAUGCAGUGGGAUGAACACAACCUUCUUGACCCGAGAGUGGUCUCUGUGCAUGCAUGGCGACAUAAUAUCUUUGCAAUGCUAUCCAUCAUUCCUUUUGCAUGA